AUGUUUCCGGUGAUACAGGUUACUAAAGAGGAGAAGGAAUGGUUGAGACGUCCAUGGCGUCGAUCCCUCAUUAUUAGGGUACUGGGAAGGACAGUCGACUACUCAUAUCUCCUGCAAAGGCUUCAGCACAUGUGGAAGCCGGAGUCCACCUUCGAAUUAUUCGCCCUAGCUCACGAUUAUUACAUAGCAAAGUUCCAAUCACUAGCAGACUACGAUUCUGCCAAGUUUGGGGGACCCUGGAUAAUCUUGGGACACUAUCUGGUGGUUCAAGAAUGGGAGCCCAAUUUCAUCCCAUCCAAGAACAAGACCAAGAAGCUGCUAGUAUGGGUUCGGUUCCCGGAGCUACCAAUAGAGUAUUUCGACGAGGAAUUCCUUAAGAAGAUAGGGAAAACAAUAGGCCGGCCAGUAAAGAUCGAUACAACGACCAGUUUGGCAUCCAUAGGAAAAUUCGCGAGAAUCUGUGUAGAAAUUGAUAUCACUAAACCUUUAUUGUCUAAAUUUGUUUUGCAUUUCAUGGAUUGGCCCAUUGAGUACGAGGGGAUAAAUCUGAUUUGUUUCAAAUGCGAAAGAAGAGGUCGAACCAAGAACAAUGUUCAACCAGGUGCUCGUGAAGCGGGAGCAGGUGGCCAAGCAGCAACCAAUAACGCCCCAGCAUUCGAAGGUCUUGGGGACCAUUCGCGGUUUUCCACCCUUAAUGGCUUGGAUGAAAAUAUGCAGGAAGUGAACGAACAGGACAUGGGGCUGGAAUUUCAACAACCAGUCACGGCCCUACCUAGAAUCAGAACCAAUCAUCGCAAUCCCCAAAGACAGUCGGAGCAAAACUUCAGAGGUCCUGAACUGAGAGCGACGGAGCACAUCAUCACCUAG